AUGUCCGCUUUUGUCGAACAGCUGACUGCUGAAGGCAGCGGUGAAUCUGCAGAGUUCCUGAACGACAUCGUGAAGCAGUUAUGGCCAAAUAUCAAUGCGGCUGGCAGCAAAAUGGUCAAGGAGAUCGUGGAGCCCAUGUUCAAGACUAUGCUUCCUGGACCAUUGAAAACCCUACACUUCACCAAAAUCGAUCUCGGCCCUGUACCCCUACGGCUGUCCAACGCAAAGACAACAAAGACUGAAGUAGACGGCAUCAAACUCGACCUGAACCUCGACUGGGUGGGCAAAGCCGACAUCGAAAUGGAUGCAGAUAUGUUCCCUGCCCUCGGCGUCGAAAGUGUCGAGCUGCACGGCAGGCUUUCCAUAUUGCUUUGCCCUCUCACAAACGUCAUCCCGCUGAUCGGGGCCGCCCAGAUAUCGUUCGUCAACCCACCACUCCUCAAGCUUGAUUUCACUGGCGCUGCUAACGUGGCCGAUUUCUCGCUCAUUGACGACACCGUUCGCGGAGUGAUCCUCGGCAUCAUCAACUCCAUGUUCACUCUUCCCAAUCGAUACCUGCUCAAGCUUGACGCCAAUGCCGACUACUUCAAAACGUUCCAUUACCCGCUUGGCAUGGUGCGGGUGACUGUGGAGAAUGCAUGGGGCUUUGGAGAGGAGGCCACGUCAACCACUAAAAGGUUGUUCAACAAGUUAACUCGUGCCGCUCCCGACUGCUAUGCCAAGGUCGACGUCGGCGGAGAGGAAUCGUGGAGGACAGUCACCAAGAACAACACGAACAGGCCGUCGUGGAACGAAACGCAUGACUUUGUGGUGAGCGACUUUGAUCAGUGCAUUAAAGUGGACGUGAAGGAUGAAGAUCUCAAUGGAGAUGAUGAUGUCGGCCUGGCAGUGACAACGGUUCGAGAGAUUUUGAUGGCGGGAGGUCGUCAAGAACUCCCGCUGGUUCAUAAAGGCGAGGAGACGGGAGGCAGAGUACAAAUCUCCUGCCAAUUCUUCAAGUACGUGGCAGAUGCUGGUAGCCUCACUGCUUCCGAUCACAAGGGCGAUGGCCGCCUCUCCGGCAUUGCUACCAUCUUAGUCGCAAGUGCAUUCGGCAUCAAGGGACAGCGUGAAACCCUCAAGCCAAGUGUGGCUGUGACUUGGGGCACGACUCAACGAUUCCAGACUGUCAUCAAGACUGAUGCUCCCGGCACCGACAUCAACAAUCCUGCAUUCGACCAGGCAUUCCGAGUUCCUAUUACAACAGACUUGGUUGGUAGCAGCCCAGACAACUUCCGCAUUGCGCUUCUGGACGGCGAGAAAGAGGUCGGAAGCGUUGAUAUACCUUUUGCGAGUGUAGCGGAUGCGCCGGACAAGGUCCUUCAGCAGAAAUUUGACGUUGGUAAUGGAGCCACUGUCAGGGCCAGCAUUCGCCUGAGAGGCGUUGUCCCCGCAGAGAUGCCACAGACAGAGCUUCCAAGCAGAUCCAAGUAG